AUGCCAGCAAUCCGCGAUACGUCCUCCACCCGAGCCGCUGGAAACGGUGCUACUCCCACCAACCGCAUCUAUGGCUCACGCCCCAAGCAAACGGCGCGCGGGUCGUCCAACAAUGGCCCGCCGGGGUGGUGGAAUACCGAGUCGCGGGACGUCGGCUCUGACGAGGAACUGUCUGGCGACGACGACGAUGACCAGGACAGCGUGGCCGUGGAGGCCUCCUACGUCGAAGAUAUUCUCCUUUUGAGCCACGACAAGGACGGUAUCCAUUCUGACGGCCAGCACGCCUUCUGCGUUCUACACGACACGUUUGUGGUGGAAACCGAUUCCACAAGACCGCCAUUCGUCUUCAAGAACCUCAACGACGACAGUCUUCUUGACGUCGAGGUCACUAUCAAUGAUGCCUGGGGAGGAAAGGACAAGGGAAUCAAAGUCAUGGUCCUCACUGGAGAGGAGCCGACUGCCAAGCCGGAGAUCAAGCUCGGCAACCACGGUCCCACACGCCUGUUUUGGAAUACCACUACCGGCGACAAUGUCACGUCAGCAACGGAUUUGGACGAGGACCUCGACACUGCCAUGCGCAAUGUGGCCAGGUUGUCUGGCUUGCAGCUUGCCGAGGGAAUGAACCCAUUCCGUUGCAAAAACUUCGAUGGGCUGCGGAUCAGUGUUUAUACCCCACUUGCCGAAACGAUGGGGUCCGCUGACGAUGGCUGGGUCAAGGUUGUGAUCAAAACUGUCUGA